AUGAAACUCCAGAUUGGAGCUUCGUUCAUUAUAUGGACUCUGUGUCUUAUUUGGCCUGGCAAAGGUAAUUCAAAAGUUAUGCCAUAGACAAUAAUACUUGAAUUUCUAACACGAUUUCUCUAACAGCCAUGCACGCGCGCGUAUACAGACUAUAAAAUGACUAUAUAAUAUAAGACUGGAUGAAUUUAAUUUGUGUUAUUAGUUUUAAGUUAUCAUUUUCAACAUUAUUAUAUUACAACAACCUUAUUCCAAAGGACAGGUAGGGAAUAGACACCCAGCCCUGAGGACGAGGCUGAUAUUCCACCAAGGUUAGAUAGCCAAACGCAUGCUUUGAGAGAAAUUAGUGAUUAAAUGACCCCGCAAACCGAGGGAGGUGCGUAGGAGGGAGAAAAAAUUCGCCACGAAAAAGUUGGAUCAGUUCCUACUUUUUACCGUUCGCGCGAACAAAUUCGCCUGGCGGAAAAUGCAUGCAUGCGCUUAGUGUCAAAUAAUAUGUCUUUGUUUGAAAUAACUUAUUCAUGCAUUUAUAUUAUUGUUACAAGAGCCUCUUGUGAUAGAAGUGUACAAAUAUGCAUGCACUACAUUGCAAUCUAUCAGUCUCUUCUGUACGCACGGAGGCGUUUGUAACUUGUUCAUUGUUGUAUUGAUUCUUGCAGCCGGAAUACACUGCCCCUUUGGCAAACGCAAGAUAACAACUGAACACACGCGUGUUAAGAGAGUAAUUGGUGGAUCGCAAGCCAUCCCUAAUUCCUGGCCAUGGAUAGUGAACUUCAUAGAUCACAAAAAUCUCCAACAGUGUGCUGGUUCUAUCAUCGAUCGUGAAUGGAUUUUAACAGCAGCACAUUGUUUCUUGUUCAAUUCAAAACCUGCUCCACUUUUCAACAACUACACCAUUCAUCUUGCUGAUCAUAAUUUGAGCUUCACAGAUCCUCAAGAAUAUGAAAUUGAGGCAUCGAAAGUUUAUAUUCAUCCAAAGUAUGUUAUAGGUGAUUCGGUAUCUCCCGGCGAUUAUGAUGUAGCUUUGAUGAAACUCUCGCAACCGCUUAACUACACUGAUUAUGUUCAACCUAUCUGUGUGGGAAUAAGGGAAGAUACUUUCAGUGAAAAUGAUACUUGUGUUUUGAUUGGUUGGGGUAACAAUAAAAAUGUAUCAACGUAUCAUCGUUCACCAUUUUUAAAAGAAGUCGAGCUUGAUUUGGUCAGUCUUGAGGAAUGCAACAGUAAUACUUCAUAUAAAGGCGAAGUAUCAGACAGAUUUCUCUGUGCUGGUCGUAAAGAAGGUGGUAUCGAUGGAUGUUAUGGUGAUAGUGGGGGACCUUACCAGUGUAAACGUAAUAAUACAUGGAUACAACUAGGAAUCAUGAUUUGGGGUAAAGGUUGUGCUGAACCAAACCAUUAUGGCGUGUACACUGAUGUCAGAGUUCUUCAACCAUUCAUUGAGUCAAUACAAGCAGGUAAAGUGAACAUUUCGUAGGAGUUUAUUUUUUAUUAUUAUUAUUAUUAAAACAUUGUUUGGAUACGCGGGACUAUUUCACAAUAAUAGUAACUGUUUACAAAGAAGGCAUAAAAAUAAUAAUAGUUAUCUUCCAAUAGGCCGUAUGUAUAAAAAUAUUUAAGGAAAUUUAGGCCUAAAUACAAUAUAUAAGUAAAUUAUAGUGAUAAAUUUGUCACACCUGUAUGAUCGAUCCCAAAAGUUCCAGAACUAUACCCUCCAAUUUAAAUUAAGUUUAUAUUAUUUUUAAAGGAGUUAACAGUUUCAGAACUCUUGAGAUCAGAGGGUAAAUUAUUCCAAGCCACCGCACCCCUGUAGCUAAAUGAUUUUUUCUUGAAAUUAGCGUUUGGUUUUGGCGGGAGAUAGUUGAAUUGCAUUUGUCUCGCAAUUCUUCAAUAAACUGUUGAGGUUUUGUUCCACACCAGUACCAGGGCGCACUUAUGCUAUAAUGAUAAUGCAGGAUAUUAAUCAGGCAAGGUAGAAAAACCUGCAGUACAGGAAACCUGAACAUAUAGGCCAUAACCACCUGCUAUCCCCUACAAAAUUUACCUUUGCGAAUGCAAAUUAUGACUCGUUGUUUGUAUCUGCAUAUAUUUAUUAAAGUGUAUAUGACAUGAAAUUUCUUAUUUCUUAAAUGAAAGAAUUCUUUAAAGCUGUAGUGUAACUUAUUUUUCAGUUUCUUGUUUUUUAUGGUUUGUUACCGAGAUAUUUCAAUUUGUUUGAUAUGUAAAUGAGUGUGAAUAUGUCCGCUAAUUUAUGACGUCACGUUGGUUGCAAGCUCAACUUACAAUGCCGGUUAUUUAUCUAUAUUAACUCUAAAAACUGUAGAUAUCAGUUCACGUUUUUCUCCAGUGUUUCAUCACAUUUGCCAGUGAGUGAAGUUUGAAAUUAUUAUCUUGGAUGAAUAGCAGUGAUAGUCAACCAUUUUGAGGAGCUUGCAACCAACAUGACGUCAUAAAUUAGCGGACAUAUUCACACUCAUUUACAUAUCAAAUAAAUUGAAAUAACUCGGGAACAAACCAUAAAAAUAAGAAGCUGAAAAAUAAGUUACACUACAGCUUAAAGAGUUCUUUCAUUCAAGAAAAUAAGAAAUUUGAUAUCAUAUAAACUUUGGAAUAAACAUUACCGGGUAAGAUUAAGGUGUUUUUAUUAGGUCUAAAGCCACUCGCGCUGCGCGCUCGGGUCUUUAAACCUAAUAAAACACUCCUGCUCAUUUAUUAAACAGUACGUAUAUCAAUACGGAAAAAUGUUUUAUAUUUUAUUAUAAUAUAUAGCACAAAGAAGUAUAAUUGACAUGAGUUAUAUCAACACGGUUCUUAGGUCUGUUUUAUACGUCGAAUUUUGGUCGCGUCGAAUGCAAUUAAGACAAUAGAUAAUGAGAUGAUAAACCUCAUUAAGCUUCAUUAUCUGUUGUUUGAAUUGCAUUCGACGCGACUGAAAUUCGACGUAUAAAACAGGCCUUAGCCAAUCAGCGUUCAGAAUUUGCAAAUGCUAUAUUAUAAAUAUAAUUAAAAAUUUAUUAAUGAUAAUAAUUCAUGAGGGAAAUACAAAAGAAAUCACUGCCGUGUCGCUGGUUUUAUAGAUGUGAUAAAAAAUCAUGUCAUUUACAUAAACUUUAGCUUCGAUUUUCUCGGCUUAAGGCGGUUUUCCAGUCCUCGCACGAAGCUCCUCGCAGCUCGCUGCGAGUGCUUGCAUCUAAUUAAAAUUAACGGUUUAGCAUUGUGAUUGGAUGAAAGUGCUCAUGCAUCACUUGUAGUGAGCUGCGAGGAGCUUCGUGCGAGGAUUGGAAAUCCGCCUUUAGACAACGUUCAGUUUUAAAAUUACUUCGCCAUGAACUCAUCAGAUGGGUCGUUUAAGCCAUUUAAAACAUUCGCGGUCCGUGCUUUAUCUGAUAACGCACUCCUGCUUGUGUUUUAAAUAGUACUUAUAUACAUGUAGAUUAUAUAAUUAUCACUUAUUUACUGAGACCGAGGGAAACAGCGUGUUUUGUGGACCCGAGACCGCCGUUGUUGCCCGAGGCGAAGCCGAGGGCAACAACGGCGGUCGAGGGGCCACAAAACACACUGCUUUCCCGAGGUCUUAGUAAACAAGUGUUUUGUUAUAUAGUAUAUAAGUGUCAAAGUAGGAAUAAUUUACCGGUUAUUGGAGUAAUCUUAAUUUGAAACCAAAACUGGAUAAAUGUACCCUGGAUCAGGGGGAUUCCUGUUUAUCUGAAGCUGUAGCCUGCACUCAGGCGGUGCUGGCCAAAUUGGAAACCUCUGAACCCAGGGUAGGAUAAAUGGAACGCCGUAAAUGUUUAGUAAAAAGUUUUAAAAAUGAACUUUGGAACUUCAUGGUUGACACGCAUGUGUAUUGCACCCAUUUUAUUAUUGACCGGUCAAUAAAUGUUUGAUUGCGGACCGGUUGCCGAACAUGACGUUUUGUGGACCGGCACGUGACACGGUUUUGACCAAUCGGCAAACAGAAAAAUUAAACUUUGACACUAACUAUAUAACAACAUGAUAUAUCAAUGAAAAUUUGACUUUUCCAUUAUAGGUCCUAACUCCAACUUAACGUCGUACUACAUGAAAACGUUGGGAGACGUACGACCAGAUGUGGGAAGAAGACCUUUAAGUAACCUUCACGAGUUGUUGACAAACGAAAGCGAGUUUUCUGAUAUUGACCUAGUCCGAAAUUUUCAGUUGCUUCCAUAUCAAAUCAAACUACUCAACAAAACGACGUUAAUGGAUCUUAUAUUUGUUAGUUCGAAGGAGAAUUUAACUGCGAAUUCCACUACAUUAGCAUACAUUACUGAAAGUCUUGUUCCGCAAGUUGAGAGGCUGUAUGUUCACUAUCGGAGUAAAGAAGUAAGCAAAGAAUUUAACAUCACAUUUGAAGAAAUCUACAAAUCAGCUAACUUAACCAAAGACGGAUUCCUAAGUUCCAAAUUUAGCGUGAUUGAAAAUAUUAGGAAACAAAUAUAUAUUAAAAGAUAUGUUAACAAUCUUCAAAUGUACAGAGAUACAUUAAUGACCUACAGAUCCGGUUUGAGCGUUAUGUUCAACAUUUCCCUAAUUGAAAAAGAUCUGAAUAAACCGGCAGAUGAAUUGGAAAACCUUGACAAUAAAUCACUGAAGCAGAUUCUUGUGAAACACAAUCAACAGUUGUUUACAAAUAUGUUAAGUAUCCGUAAUAUAUCAUCUUUCUUUGAAAUAAGUUUGGAAAAGUUGAAAAAUAUGACUGUUGGCAACAUACUAACUGAAUAUCUCAAUAUUAAACUUACUACAUUUGCAUCAUUACAUGACCUAACAGGUAGAGAAAUUGAUGUUGUAAAAAUAAAGAAAAUCUCAACUGUUCCAUAUCCAGAUGAUCAAAAUCUUUAUGGUUUGGUGAUGAAAAUUCUUGAAGCUCAUGGUAAGUAUUAUUUAUGUCACUUUAUUAUUUGUCUGGUUCAAUUAAAAAUAUUCUGUUUCCGUGGUUCAGUUGGAGAUACCCUGGUUCCAGAGGCUCUUUGCGAGGCGAAAUAAACGAAAGGCGAGAACGAAGAGCCACUGGUCACAUCGGUUGCAAAUCCCACUUCCACACUUGAUUAGGUUCAGAAUUUGAAUCUCGCAUGUGAUUGGCCAUUGGUAAAAAUAUGUCAAACCGGUUUGGGAAAACAACAUUACUGUAAGCUAAUUAUAGCUAUAAUUAGCUUGUUUAUUUCCCAAACCGGUUUGACAUAUUUUUACAAAUGGCCAAUCACAUGCGAGAUUCAAAUUCUGAACCUAAUCAAGUGUGGAAGUGGGAUUUGCAACUGAUGUGACCAGAGGCUCUCCGUUCUCGCCUCUUGCUUAUUUCGCCUCGCAAAGAGCCUCUGGAACCAGGGUAAGAGAUUGAAAUCAAUUUAACAUUUCGAGCUUUAUCAAAUAAAACUAAAUGCAAUUAUUGUUCUGUAACUGAAAAAAUUCCAAGCCUGGAUCUUCAUCAGUGCAAAUUAUUUCUCUCUCUGUUAGAAAAAGCCAACUUGAUUCGUUACUCAAGUGAUGUUCUUUUGCUACGGAACGUUAACGGCCAAUGA